UACCGCACCCAAAAGCUUACCGCCAGCGGUGCGGCGUUUGGUUUCGACGCGAUGGCCUUUGAAGACAGCCACCGGCGCACCACAGAUUUCUUCUGGCUGGCGCUCUUCCUGUGCGCUGUGGCGGCCCAAGUCUUCUUCGCCCUCAGUGCCGCGGUCCACGGAUUUCAGGUCAAAGAACUGGAGGGGGAGUUCCAAGAUGUCUUGAACGCCACGGCGGAGCCAACGUGGACUGGAUGGGCGCAGGACACGGUCACGAAUUGGAUGGAGCUCCGGCAGGAUGUGAAGCUGGAAUCCAAGGGCCUUCUGGCGGCGCUCUGCUCCGCCGCGGCCUCCUCCGGCGUCUUCCUGCUGCUGCUGGCCUACUUCCCAGUUCACAUCAUCGUCCACGGGGUGGUCUUGGGCGCCCCGGCGGCUCUGCUCGCCGUGGGCGCCGCCGCCCUCUCCGGGGCCGCCGAGGUGGUGGGCAUCGAGACGCGGCUGGGGUGGCCCUUCAUGAUGCUGGGUUUGGCAGGCUUCAUGCUCACCACUUUUGCCUGGCAGUACCUCCAGCUGGCCAUCGCGGUGCUCCGCUGCUCCGCCGCCUUCAUCCGUGCCAGGCCCAAGAUCGGGGGAUUUCCGCUGCUCUUCGGGAUAGUGCACUUGGCGGGGCUGGCGCUUUGGGCUUGCGCCGUGCUGGGCGUGCGCAUUGCCUUGGACGCAGAGACGAAUAAGGACUGGAACCAACAGCUGGGCAUUGCCUGCGCCAUGCUUCUCUGCUUCCUCUGGGGCAGCGCCUUUGUCACAGGGCUGUCAACCUUCACAGUGGCCUAUGCCGCCAGCCACUGGUACGGCCGAGGCCCCGCGGACGCCCAGCAGGGCGUAUUGCCGGGCUUAAAGGUGGGCCUGCGCUACCAUGCAGGCAGCAUCGCCCUGGGUUCGCUCCUCUUGGCUUUUGUGCGGACUCUGAAGAUUAUGCUCUGGUGGGCGCAAAAGGCGGAGGAGGAGGCGGGGCAGGCAGCGCAGGGCGCAGUGCGCGCCGGCGUGCGCGGGGCCACGGGCAUGCAGAUGCCGCAGCAGCCAAGGCCGCCCAGCCUCCUCCGAUCUGUACGGCACUUCGCCGCCGAGGUCUUGGACGUGGUGGCCACCUGGGCUUCCAAACAGGCCUUCGUGCAGGUGGCGCUGAGCGGCUGCCCCUUCGCCACCGGUGCCAUGCGUGCGGCACGGCUUGGAGCCAAGGCGCCAGUAGGCUUCCUGAUGGUGGAGUUCUUGUCCCAUGCUUUCCAACGCGCCUGUGAGCUUCUGCUCCUCUGCGUGGCGGUCCUGGUGGCGGCCUCUUUCGGCCUGGAAGGUGUGCAGGGCUUGGGCCCGGUGGUGCUGGCGGCGUAUCUGGCGGCGGAGAGCUUGCUGCACCCCUACAGCGUGGCAACCACCACCAUCCUCCACUGCUGCCUGCUCGACAAAGACGGCAAGGAGCCGGAUCGCGUGCCGAAAGAGGCCAAGGACUUGCGGAGGAUCAUGGAGCAGUGGGGAGGUGAUGACGGCUCCUUCGCGCAGCACUACGCGUGAGCGAGGUCCGUGGAGAGUUAUGAGUGAGCAUCCGACAUCUGGCUUCUCCUUUGAAUUUGGUUUUUCCCCAACA